AUGUCGAGUUGGGCAAUUUCACAACAAUCUAGUGGAAGCACUGCGUUACAUGUUGCCUCUCACUGUGGCCAUAAUGAAAUUGUUCAACUGCUAUUGGACUGUGGUGCAUCUCAAUCAAUAAAAAACAAACUUGAUUUCACUCCAUUUGAAGAAGCCCGUUCACAAGAAGCAAAGAAUAUUUUUAAACGAACUUAUGCUGGACGUUUGUUUCUCGGAAAUUUUAAUUUUAAUGAUGAUUAUAUCGAAUGGGUACUUGUGAGUUCAGAUCUAAUUAAAAAAAGAGAUUAUUUUCGAAAUAGUACAGACUCAUGGAAACUGUUUGAUCCACUAAAUAUAAGAGACACAUUGGGCGAAAUAAUCAAUUACUAUCUGAAAGAAUAUUUGGUAAAAAACGAACAAUUUUCCGUUGAACAAAUCAACAAUAUUGAGUCAGACUUUGUGGAUGCAUUUAAAAACCAGGAUGUUAUUCGUUGCAUUGUCAAGGCUUACACAUCGGCAACAACAAAUUUCUACAAAGUUCUCAAUAAACAUUUGGCUAAGCACAUAAUGAAGCAUUUCGAGAAUGAUGGCGAUUUUAUUCCGGAUUAUCGGCUCGUCCAUUGUCUGAAAAACAUUGUCGCUCUGCUCAUACAUCACCCCGAUUUUAUUAAUAAUCAUUUCAUCGGUACAACCUAUCGAGGUAUGUUGAUGACAGAAAAUGAACUUAGUCGAUAUACUGUCGGCUGUCAAAUAAUGAAUUUAACAUUUCUGUCAACAUCAAAACAACGAAAAGUUGCCGAAAUGUUUGCCGGUGAAGGUUACAACGAAGAAGAAAAUUUAAAAAAUUGUGAAAAAAUAGAACAAACAUUAGCCAAAAACUUGGCAUAUCGAGCAGUUAAAAAAUUAACAUUGAAAGUUGUAUUUACUAUAGCUGGUUUAAUAUUAGUUGCAACUAGUGUGACUGUAAGAAUAGUGCAAGAUCAACACUGUUUUAGGUGGACUGAAUAUGGUCAGACAAUCGCUGGAAUAGGGUCUAGAGCAUCCGGUCCAAAGUCAUUGGUAUUAGAUCAUCCCAAUGAUCUAUUUGUCGAUGAUAAGAAAAAUGUUUAUGUAGCUGAUGUAAAAAAUCAUCGUAUACAGAAAUCUUUCCUUCUUCAACCACCAAAUAUCUGCCCCAAUUAUUCACAAGGCAUUGUUCAUUCUCAAGUUAUUGAAUUUCAAACAAGUCAAAACACUGGUGUCCCCCCGGGACUCUUUCACACAGCAUCUCACGCAGAAAGUGGUAGGUGCACCUCACAAAAUUGA